UAUUUAAUUGUUUUUUUCUCCCCUCAGUACUAUACAAUUUCUCCAUUCGUCUCCUACUCUCCUCCCCCAUCCCUCGCCCCCCUCCUCGCCGCAAGCUCUAAUCCCCCGAAGAUUAGCUCCAACGAAUACGAAUAACUGUGGAUUAGUGCGAGGCUUUGGUUGCGGCAAAUCUGGGGUGGGGCGGUCGGAAGAGUUGCGGCCGAAUUGUUUGGUCGAGCAGAUGAUGAUGGCGAACGCGAAACUCCAGAAGCAGGCGCUGCUGCCGCCGCGUAGCCCGUUCCCGACGGCAGCGUCGCCGUCCCCGUACGCGGACCAUGGCCCGAUCGCCCGGCCACAGGGCGCCACGCACCACCGCUUUGGGCAUGGCCACGGCCAUGGGCACCACCAGCGCACGUCGUCUGAGAGCAUCAUUGAGGAGCAGCCGUCGUGGCUCGACGACCUGCUCGACGAGCCUGAGACGCCCGUGCGCCGCGCGGGGCACCGCAGGUCGUCGAGCGACUCUUUUGCACUGUUCGACGGAAGCGCUGCCUCUGGCGCAUUUGCCAAUGGUUUUGAGGAGAUGGGGGGAGGAGGGCAGGCUGCCCCAUGGGGUGGUGUGCAGGAGUACUAUGCCAAGCCAAGCUCAUACGGGAGGCUGCAGGGCCGGCCGUGGGAACAAGGCAUGCCGAAUUUGGCAGGUUACAGGCCAGGGCCGCCGGUGCUGGUGAGGGAGAAGCUGGGUGGGCAUCAGGGGCCACUGAGUGCAUCGAGGGAUCAUGAACAUGCCAUGGACAAAAGAGCUCUUGAUGAACUUGGGGCAGAGAGGAAGGAUGGUGUGCUGCCAAAGUAUGCACAAUCGGAGGCGGACACCAAGCGUGCUAAACAGCAAUAUGCUCAGAGGUCUCGUGUUCGAAAACUUCAGUAUAUUGCUGAGCUUGAGGGUAAAGUCCAAUCAUUACAGUCAGAAGGGAUAGAAGUGUCUGCUGAAAUGGAGUUUCUUACUCAACAAAAUAUAAUGCUAGACUUGGAAAACAAAGCCUUGAAGCAAAGGCUGGAGAGUAUAGCACAGGAGCAAGUAAUUAAACGUGUUCAACAGGAGAUGUUUGAGCGGGAAAUUGGUCGUCUAAGGUCAUUGUAUCAGCAGCAGCAACAGCCACCACAGCCUCCUACUCUUGGUCGUAGUAACAGCAGAGACCUUGACUCGCAGUUUGCAAGUAUGUCUUUGAAACAAAAAGACCCCAACUCUGGGCGUGACGCCGUCUCUGGGCCUCUUCGUACUUAGUUCUUUCAGCCUUUUUUUCUCGUGAGUUCCAAACCACUCCUAGACCACUCUUUUGUGGCUGUGAAUUCGCGUCAAGAAUCCUUAAAGGAAUGCAUCAGGAAAGGAGCAGCACAUUUGGAAUUGUGCCCCUAUCACUUGGUGAAUAACUCUGGAAAGGCUAAUAACUGUGGAUCUGAUCUUCAUUCUUUGGGAAUAUGCACCUGGUGGUCAUCCUCAGCUCACUGCCAUUGUUGAUGCUCGACCAGUCGGAGGUGUUUAGUGUUUUAUUUGUAGCUCUGGAUGCUGUUCGUGCAUCCCUGUACCAUUUCGGAUCCUAGGGUUCUAAUUUGUUCCUGUGGUCUUGUUUCUCUAUGUUGUUUUCUUCAUGCAUGUUAGCCAUAGUCUGCAUUGCUUUGUCAGUGGAAUGUGGAGCACUAGUUAGCAUCUGAUACAGAUGCUUUUAAAUGUGCCACAUCCUUGAGAACUCAUUUGUUUUAUCGUUGGUGAUUCAAUAAGGUAGUGCAAAUAAAGUAUUAGCAUUAUCCAGA